UACUGAGGACCCUUAAACCACUCUGGCAAAUUACGGAGAUAUGCGUCGUUUAAAAUGGAUUAACUCAUUAACGGGAAUGUCAGCAGUCCAGUCUUGAGCUGUAACAACAGACAGAAGAGAAUCCAGUGGCGUAUCUCUUUUCAAACCGCAGCGUCUGUCAGUCUAUCUGUGUGAAGUGUAUUUGUUGGGGUAAGAGAGACGUCGAUUAACAUUAGCGCUGCUAGCUUCGCUGCUGCUUUCACCUGCCGCUGCUCCUCUCGCAGCCGAGCUUUCGCGCUCUUCCUGCCGCAUUCCCUCCCGCUCCGCCCCGCUCUGCUCUGACGCGCUGCCGAGGCUUCUGUGGCCUGCUGCUACCGCUGUGUGCCGCGGGUCAUGAAAAGCUGCUUUUGUCCGAAAAGGAAGGACGCUGUGCAUUUUACAAAUUCCUCCAUGAUGCCUGAGGUGCGGGAACUUUCAGACGCCCUGCCAGAGAUGCCCAUGGACCCGAUCACUGGCGUAGGGGUUGUGGCCUCGAGAAACAGAGCUCCCACCGGCUAUGAUGUGGUUGCACAAACCACAGAUGGGAUUGAUGCAGACUUGUGGAAAGACGGCCUGUUCAAAUCCAAGGUGACCCGCUAUCUGUGCUUCACCAGGGCUUUCUCCAAAGAGAAUAGUCAUUUAGGAAAUGUGCUUGUAGACAUGAAGCUCAUCGACAUCAAGGACACGCUGCCUGUGGGAUUCAUUCCCAUUCAGGAAACUGUGGACACACAGGAGCCGGCGUUCAGGAAGAGGAGGUUAUGUAUUAAGUUCAUCCCGAGAGACUCCACUGAAGCUGCCAUCUGUGAUAUCCGUAUCUUAGGACGCUCUAAACAGGCGCCGCCACAGUAUACAUUCAUAGGAGAGCUGAACAAUAUGGGGAUCUGGUACCGUAUGGGAAAGGUGCCACGGGCCCAGGACUCUUCCCCUGUACAGAACAACUCCACCACCAACAACACCAAUAACAUCCAGACUGUCACCAACAACUCCACUCCAGCGCCAGUCUUGCCCAAGCACAUAUCCAUGACCCUGCCGGCAUGUUUCAGAAAAAGCACAACCAGACCAGACUUUGAACACCAGAACUCCAACCUCUAUGCCAUCUCUGCUAUGGAUGGAGUGCCUUUCAUGAUUUCGGAGAAGUUUGCGUGUGCCUCCAGUGAUCUGCAGCAGGUGGAUCUAAUGGGCAUCAGAAUCAAAUCGCUUGCAGAGAUUGAGAAGGAGUAUGAAUAUAGUUUCCGGACGGAGCACAGCGCUGCGGCCCGUCUGCCGCCCAGUCCCACCAGAACAUCUCUGGGCUCCGAGGCCUAACGCUCACGCGCCGAAGGAAAGAGUUCUUCGGGCUUCUGAAGACCUGAUCUGAGCAGAGACUCUCUGAAAGUACAACUGAAACCCACUAGUUCGACGGACGGAAAAAUAAGGAUAUUGUUUGCUUUUUUUGCAUACAAUUAACAAAUAUUUCAUGUGGUCAAGUUCAGUCUCUCUUAAGUUGAUGCUGCUUUUACCUAAAGAGCUUUGGAUCUCUAUCGCUACAGUGAUCAAAUCAAAACCACUACAGUGUUUCUUUUGUUAUGCGACAAGUAUUGCGUCUGAAGUUGUGUUCUGACUUAUUCUGGCUGCUGGACUGAGAUGCUGUUACCGCAAUGACUUUAUAAAGGGUCACACUUGGACAAACCCUUAUUUGAGCCCCAAAGUCUGUGUUCAUGCGUCAAAUGCAUAGAGUUGGAAGAGUUCGGUUUUAUUUAGAUGGCAGUGACUGCAUGACUUUAGUUUGUUUGGAAAUGGAGCCCAGUUCACUGCACUGUUACAGAACUUCUCAAGCAUUUCAAUAUUUUUGUGUUUGUCUGGAAAAAGAGAUUAGAACAAAAACACUCCAACUCUGAACAAACCCUUGUACAUAGACAAGCGACCAUUCAGGAAUGCGUUGUUUUAAUAUUGUGUUUUUCCCUUUUUGUCUUUGUAACGUCCCUCCUGAACUGAUCUGUCACUCCAGUCACCACUGCUUAUGUUUUACUGAGAUUUUACUCUCUUUCCGUCUCAUGUUAUGAUGUUCAAUGGUGCUCAAGUACUUGGAUAUUGUUCCUGCCAGUCCAUUUGUGGCUUCUGACAUUUAUGGUGUUUUUUUUUUUUUUGUAAUAA